AUGUCAGCAACUAUUCAGACAGCCUCCGUGGUGAUUGCAUACGCCACCGAGGAGGAAAAACCUCCCGUGAUCAUAAUUCUUGAGCAUAAACACCUCCCAUCGCAAAAUCCGCAGUGUGUUACCUGCCAACCUCGGCUCGGCUGGGAGACAGACUGCACUAUCCCGUCUACUCUUGACCAAAGAAUCCCCAAUGGGCCGCUGCCCACGAUGGGGACCCCAGUCUGCCAAAGGUUCUUGGCCCCCUGGCCUGGGCACCGAGGAACAGAGGGGGGAAAGUGGGAGAACUACAGGAGACUCUGCCUAGGUACGCAGCACGCUACUCCAUACUCGGGUCAAGGGGAAAAAGAAGAAGAAGGACAAGGCAAGGCAAGGCAAGGCAAGGCAAGGCACCCGAGCCCGCGCAAAGUGGCGGCAAAGUCGAUGACUGUAAAACCCAUGCACCAUGUCGAUACCUGGCCCAGCCAGACUGCCAGACUGACUGACUGUCCCAGCAGCGCCUCGCAGGACCAUGGACGGGAUGAUGGGACACCAAAGUUGACAUCCAUCAAACAAGCCAUUAUGCUUCCCGUCCAUCUCUCACACGCUCUCCCCGUCUCUCCAUAUGUCUCAGUGCCUCCUGGUGGUGGUGCUGUUUCUCCAAACAAGAAGAAACAAGGAAUCGAUCAAGCCACCCUGCCACUCAAGAAGAAGCACAGCCGGCCAGCAACGAGAAGACGGCAGAGAGGGCUGCCACUGCCAGGCAAACACCAGAUGGCUCAUAGCACAUGCACUUACGAGCAAAAAGACUUGGGCCACUCUGAGCUCCGUACCGGUCGGGAGAGCCAAGCUCAUUGGCGUGGUCCCCUUUUGGGAUGCCCUGCAGGCGCUUCCUCUUUGGCUGCCAACGAGAGCACGAAGCCAGCUUCUUGCCACCCUGAGUUUUCGCUGCCUGCUAGGUUAUUUUGUUGGUAUGGCGAACUCGGUGUCAGUACCCUCUUCAUGCAGAGUUGUGAGGACGCCUUCGAUCCCCGUCCAAGGCCCAGACAACAAGGCAUAGUCGGCUGGUCUGUCAGUCUGUCCUUACCAGAGUCCAAAGCCCGCAACCCGCCCCAGACCCCUGUCAAGGUCAAAACUAACGAGCAGGGGUACUCCAUGACCAACGCGGACCCGGGUUUGACAAGCUGCCCUUUCUUUUGCACGGAGCAGAUGCCAGGUCCCUUCGGAUCAGGCAGAGUAUCGAGCAGGUGGUCAGUCAGCGAACGAUGUGUGGCCAUCAGACAACUCUGUUCGGAGACUGGGCGGCCUUAUGAGUACCGUGUACGGAGUACCUAUGGGCUCUGGGAAUACCCAUCAUGUUUCUCAAAGUGCAAUCCUUUGUCAGAAAAGCGGCCGGCGGCCAGCUAUACAUCGCGUUUCCCGAGUUUGAUGGAGGCUGAUCAAAAACACCCGGCCAAACUACCGGUGCCCCGUGGUUAUCGUACGUCGGCACGCAUGCCGAUGUCGCGAAUUUGGUGCAAAGGAGAGAGCCGCACUCAAGGCCUCUAUCCGUACCGCAGUAGUGUUUACCGCUUAUCUAUCUUCUUCACGCCUUCUGGAAGGGCGUCGGGAUCUGAAGAAAAAACAAGUGGCAGUCAAUUCCUGUGCCUGACCCGGUAUCCUCAUCAGUCGCGAAGGCAUGGAAGACACCUACAUCGCACAUCGCCCAACACAAGAUGCGCUGACCUGACAUCCGACCUUCACACCCCGUCUCUUCCAGUAUACACAUUCGAUUAUCAGCUGGCAACCCCAAAGAACGGCCUCCUCCAAGGCCCGGUGGUGCCGCCUACCGAGUUUGAAAGCCAAUCAUUGUCCGUUCUUUGGGUCGGUCCCUUUGACCAGGGGUUGGCCUUGUCGGGUAGUGGACACUCGUCCCAGCGACACGCAUACGCCUCCGUCACCUUCCAUGAAAAGCUCCAUCUUGAUAGAAGAAAGACUGGCAGAUGUCUCUUGCUGUUCUUAUCCUGGCGGUGCUUUGAAUGUGGCAUAUUUGACACACGCAAGCGCCAGCUUCUUGUCGCGAUGCUUGAUGGAGGCUCAUGGCAUGGGAUACCCACACACAAUGAGAUGGGGGAGCUGGCUCCGGGACUCGAGCAUGGUCCGGACCCACCACAAGGGGCGGGGGUCUGGCCCCCUUGCCCUUCCCGGGUCCUCGAUUUGAGUGCGACGAUCAGACAUCUUCGACCGUAUCAAAAGAGCUACCGUCUGUUGGACACUGUUUCCUCUGUCUUUGACGCAGUUGCAACUUGCGAGCUGUCGCCAUCUAAGCACGCAAGCAGAAAUUCGCGGCUCUUUCGACCGCUGUCAAAUGUAGUGCGCGAUGCGUAUGCUUGGCUGAAUAAGAUACGGGUGGUGUCUUUGGUGACGCCAUUCCCUUGCCAAUCGAGCCUCUCUGCCCGGUAUGACAAAGUCCAAACUCAUACCGUCAUGUCCUCCGAUGGAGACCAGCAGCCCUCUUAUGCUGGUCACAAAGGUCGAUCGAUGUAG